GCUUUUAUUUCAACGCCAGUCGCGCUGGCAAAUGCACGCGCGUCCGCUUCUCCAAACGUUGACAAAUCAAAUGCAACUCAAGAGUCACGCUUAAGCAUCCGACUAUAAAUCAAAAGUGCACAAAAUGUUAUUCGGUCGCUGCACUCGUAAACAAAUCAUAACGACGGGCGCCCUAAUUGGCGGUGCGGUGCUUGCCGUUGUGGCCAUUGUUGUGUUCAAUACUCAUGUCGACUCCAAACCGCCGAAGCCUUGGGCUGUUUAUCGCCCCCAAUUCCACAAGUGCUACAGAACGCAUCCGAAUACGACUAACUCCACGUUGGAGCUGGUGCACAUUGUUUUCAGACAUGGCAUACGCACUCCGGUUGAUACUUUUCCCACUGAUCCCUAUAUAAAGGACACCUUUGAACCCACAGGCUGGGGACAUGUAACCAAUCGCGGCAAGAAGGAACUAUUUGACAUGGGUCGCUGGCUGCAUCGGCGAUAUGGCGACUUUAUGGGUGGCUUUUACAAGCCUGAGCGUCUUCAUGCACAAGCGACUGCAUCGCCGCGUGCCUUGAUGUCGCUGCAAGCUACAUUGGCCGGCAUGUUUGAGCCACGUGGCACUGUCAUGGAAUGGCAUAAGCAGCUCAAUUGGCAGCCCAUACCCAUACUGUCCGAGCCGCUGGAACAGGAUUCACUGCUGCUGGUGCGCACGCCUUGUCCACGUUACGCUGAGGCGCGUGAUGAGGUCUUCGAGCUGCCCGAGGUCAUGGCCGAGCACGCCGCUGAAGCGGAUAUGUUAAGCGAGCUCAGCAAUCUAACAGGCAUGCCAGUGCGUACGGCGGAGGAUGUAAACUCGUUGUAUAUAACGCUGCUGGCGGAGCAGGAGUUUGGCUACAAGCUGCCCGACUGGGCUAAGGACUACUUUCCCAAGCGCAUGCAAUUCCUGGCCGAGCAGAGCUAUGUCUAUAAUGCGUAUACGCCCGAGAUGCAAAAGAUCAAAGGCGGCCCGUUCUUGCGCAAAAUGUACAACGAAAUGCUGGCCAAGCAGGCAAGCGAACUCAAGCCCCAAGAUCGACGUAUGUUUAUCUAUACGGGUCAUGAUUGGACUGUGGGUAACAUACUGUCAGCACUGGGAGUUUGGAAACGUCAAAUGCCUCGCUUUGGCGUCAUGGCCAUAUUUGAAACGCACAAGCGGCGCGAAACGGGCGAAUUUUACGUCGAGAUCUUUCUGCGCAACGAUAAGUUUUGCUGUCUGGAGCAGCUCAAGCUGCCUGACUGCGAGCUGCAGUGUCCGCUCGAGCGGAUCAUUGAGCUUAGCGCGCCCGUGCUGCCCAACGAGCCCAGAGAGCAGCGCUGUCGAGCUCACAAUGCCAGCUUUGUGGAGCCAGCGCCGCGUCGCAUUGAUCAGCACUAGAGUUAAGAGUACUCAGUUUGA